CCGUGAACGCGUCACUGUCAGUGGGCCUCGUGCAGAUCUCGCGAGGUUUGCGUGUCUGUCUCGCAUUGGAUUUAAUGCAGCUCUCGCGAUGUCUCGGUCUCUUCCGUGGCCGUCGUUGACUGAGAGACAUUGGCCAUGUUCAGUACCAGCGCCAAAAUAGUGAAGCCGAAUGGCGAAAAGCCAGACGAGUUCGAGUCUGGGAUCUCCCAGGCUCUGCUCGAGCUGGAGAUGAACUCCGACCUGAAGGCUCAGCUGAGGGAGCUGAACAUCACUGCAGCAAAGGAAAUCGAGGUUGGUGGCAGCAGGAAAGCCAUCAUCAUCUUUGUUCCCGUUCCCCAGCUUAAGUCCUUCCAGAAGAUUCAGGUGCGUCUGGUGAGGGAGCUGGAGAAGAAGUUCAGCGGCAAGCACGUGGUCUUCGUCGCACAGAGGAGAAUUCUGCCCAAACCCACCAGGAAAAGUCGCAUCAAGAACAAGCAGAAGCGUCCCAGGAGUCGUACUCUGACCUCAGUCCACGACGCCAUCCUCGAGGAUCUGGUGUUCCCCAGUGAGAUCGUGGGAAAGAGGAUCAGAGUCAAAAUCGACAGCAGCAGACUCAUCAAGGUCCAUCUGGACAAGGCGCAGCAGAACAAUGUCGAACACAAAGUGGAGACGUUCUCUGGUGUCUACAAGAAGCUCACUGGCAAAGACGUGGUGUUUGAAUUCCCUGAAUUCCAGCUGUAAAUGCAGAUGACAAAAUAAAUUUGUUUACUCUCAA